AUGUCAAAUGUUAGCAAGCAUAAGGUGAAGCAUCGGCGUGGACUGUCACCUUAUCUUCGGGAGAUCUAUUCAACGUUGUUUGAGCAGGUUGGACGCGUACUACAGUGUUCCAAGGAUGAACAGCCACUCACCGUGGGCUAUAACAAACUGUACAAGUACGUGGAGUUCAUCUGCCGUGAUAGGCAGCAGUCUCCCUUGGCCACACAGCUUUUCGAAGCCACUGAUAGCAGUAUCAACUCACUGGUAACACAGGUGCUACUAGGAGAAGGAGACGAGCUACUGAAGAACUUUGUCACCCUGUACGACUGGCUGUACCAUCGCUUGGAUAUACUGGAGAGGAUAUUCCUCUAUCUGGAUAGAACGUAUCUGCUCAAUCACCCCUUGAAGAAGACUAUAAAGGAAAAUGGCUUCUACACGUUAUACACUUCACUCACGAUUAGUGGGAAAUGGGAUGAUCUUUACAACAGCUUUGAGCAAAUACUGUGUCGAGUACGUCGAGGCGAGAUCUCUGACAUGUCAUUAGAACUCGAGUUCUUUACCAGGUACCAUACAUUGGCCAAAUGGGAUACUCUCGAUAAGAGACUACUCGAAAGCUCCAGAGCGUACUUUACCGAAGCACACGAUUACGUGGUAUCAAAUAUACCACCAGAGAAUAGGUUCGAGAUCAACUAUAGGGCAUCUCUGAAGGAAUUAGACAUGUGGAAAGCGUGUCGAAUGAACGAUGAGUUCCUCGAUGCUAUGCACAGGGUACUAUGGGAUUAUCUGAUACUCUAUAAAUAUGAAGAUGACCUCCGUGAGAUUGCAAAGUCGAUGUUCCAAACAAAUAAGAUCAAGCUACUGCACAAACUGUGGAAUGAGCUAAUACUCAAGAAUACACUGGACCAGAGGGAGUAUCUUCAGCUGUUUCUACAAGGAUUCGCCGAUUUUGUCAGCUGGUCAGUGAACAAUGUUGUGGACGACUCUGCGAUGUCUGAACUUUUGCAGCCACUCAUAGACCUCAAGUCUGACAUCAGUGAGACAGUGUCUCAUUUCAAGAGCCCAAAUAAGGUCUUGGUCUAUAAGGCCAGAGACUCGUUUCAAUCUGCCAUAUCGAAUGGCAAAACAUUAUACAAGUUGAGUAAGUCAAUCGAUAACUUCUUCCGUUCAGCAGAGCUUUCCCUUGAAACGAAAAAGGCUUCCCUUGAAGACAUACUACUUCUGUUCAAAUCCAUUCAGGAUAAGGAAUAUUUCCUCAAGAUGUGGAAAGGUGAUCUCUCAAAGCGAUUAAUCCAGAGAACAACACCAAGCCUGGAAUUGGAGGAUAGUAUGCUACAGAUGUUGGGAAACGAAGUUAAUGAGGACAUCAUAAAACCAAUGAGAACAAUGGUUCACGACAUGACAGAGUCUCAUGACUUGGAGCUCGGUUAUCAAACCUCAUCACAACUGUUAACGACGUCAUGCGAAUUCCACCCCUUGGUUCUAAACUCUUAUUCAUGGCCUGUGAUAAAAGGAACUGCUGCUCUUCCACCUGACCUCAAUUCGUUGAUAUUGGAUUUCCAGCAGUUUUACUUGGACAAAUGGUCAGACGAUAAGAAGCACAAGCUACAGUGGUGUCCUGCCAUGAGCUCAAUGGUUAUUGAAGCACAUUUCCCACAUGGUGAUAAACAACUACACACCAGUGAAUUCCAAGGCUUGGUGCUCUUGUUGUUCAAUGAUCACGAUUCGUUAUCGUUUGAAGAUAUCAAGGCACUUGUACGUAUGGAUUCUGGGACGUUGAGUGGAGUACUGUACUCCUUGACAAACGGGAAACACAGGAUCUUAACAAAGGAUGACAAUGCUUACUCCAUGAACAAGGACUUCAGUGAUAAGCGAAAAGUCAUCAAACUUCGUCAAGUUCAGAUGCGUUUGAGAGGUGGUGAUGCAGUUGAAGAAGAUGACGAAAGCCCUGGGGUUUCUAACGAGGAUAGAAAUGAACUCAUCAGAGCAUUUAUUACGAGGCUAAUGAAACAUAAGGAAUCGUAUCCACUGGAGGAUUUGAUCAAUGCCGUAUUGGAGAAAUAUAUCAUUCAAAGACAAGAUGUGGAAACACUCAUAAGAGAUCUCAUACAGAAGGACUACCUUGAAAGAGGAUUGGACAACUACAUCAAAUACAAGCCUUGA